AUUCCCUAUAAAUAAGCAGCAGUCUGAUCUCCAUGAGACACCAGUUGAUCAUCUUCACCAUUCCGAAAUGGCGAAGCCACGACAACUGAUCACUCUUCUAUACUUUCUUAUAGCUUUUGUGAUGCACUGCCAUUCUUCCCAAGAGCGGAAGGUCCAUGUUGUAUACAUGGGAGAAAAACCAACGGGCGACAAUGUCAUGGAACCGACGCCUUACUACAUGCAAUGCUUGGAAAGAGUUCUUGGAAGUACCGAAGCUGCAAAGGAGUCCCUAAUUUACAGUUAUGGACGGAGUUUUAAUGGAUUUGCAGCUAAACUAUCGGAUCAAGAAGUUGCAAGAUUUUCAGGGAUGGAAGGAGUGGUCUCAGUUCUUCCUAACACCAUGUUUCAACUUCAUACAACAAGAUCAUGGGACUUCUUGGGAUUUACUGAUCAUCAAUCCCACCAUGUUGGAGAUUCUAAAGGAGGAGAUGUAAUUAUUGGAAUCAUAGAUACAGGAAUCUGGCCAGAAUCAGCUAGCUUUAAUGAUGAAGGAUUUGGCCCUCCACCUGCAAAAUGGAAUGGGACUUGCCAAACUAAUAACAACUUCACCUGUAACAACAAAAUCAUCGGAGCCCGAUACUACAACGGGCAAAAGGCAUAUUUUGAGGAUGACAUAGAAUCUCCAAGGGAUUCGUUGGGGCAUGGCAGUCAUACUGCUUCGAUUGCAGGUGGUAGAGAGGUAGAAGGAGCAAGUUACUAUGGCUUGGCCAAGGGGGUUGCAAGGGGUGGAGCCCCUGACGCAAGAAUCGCAGUGUACAAAGUUUGCUGGUCUAUUGGAUGCUAUGCUGCAGACGUUCUUGCUGCUUUUGAUGAUGCGAUUGCUGAUGGGGUGGACAUCAUAUCAAUUUCUAUUGGACAAUCAUUUGUAGUCCAUUAUUGGGAAGACCCAGCAGCGAUCGGAUCUUUCCAUGCAAUGAAACGUGGGAUAUUCACUUCAGCUUCUGCUGGAAAUUUUGGACCAGAUCGAGCAGCUGUCCAAAAUUACGCACCAUGGCUACUGACUGUGGGAGCCAGCACCAUUGACAGGAAAUUUGUGUCCUACUUGGUCCUUGGAAAUGGACAGAUAUUUACGGGAUAUUCAAUAAAUAGCUUUGAGCACAAGGGAACCUUGUUUCCUUUGAUAUGGGGUGGAGAUGCUGCAAACUAUUCUGCCAACUUCAUCCCUCAAACUUCAAGUUACUGCUAUCCUGGAACACUGGACUCCUACAAAGUCAUGGGUAAAAUUGUUUUGUGUGAAGAUCCGUCGGAUGGUUAUGGUGUUAUCAUGGGAAAUGGAGUGGGUAUCAUAAUGCCUAGUCAACCUAAGGACAAUAUAGCUGCUCCUUUCUCUCUGCCAACCACACUCAUCAGCAGAGAAGACAUUUCUAGAGUGAUGGAGUACAUAAGAUCUUCCAAAUAUCCAGAAGCUACUAUCUUGGUAAGUGAGGCAGUAAAGGAUGACUCAGCUCCCUAUGCUGCCUCUUUUUCAUCUAGAGGUCCCAGUCCGAUUGCUCCUGACAUUCUCAAGCCUGAUCUGACUGCACCGGGUGUUAAUAUCCUUGCUGCUUGGUCUCCCACUGCACCCGCUUCAGUUUACAGAGACGACACGAGGAGUACCGAGUACUAUGUAAACUCUGGAACAUCAAUGUCUUGCCCUCAUGCAAGUGGAGCUGCAGCUUACGUGAAGGCUACUCACCCAACUUGGUCUCCUGCUGCAAUCAAAUCCGCAAUCAUGACCACAGCGUACGUCAUUGACCCAAACAAGUACGAAAACGAGAGAGAAUUUGCUUACGGAUCUGGUCUCCUCAACCCGGCGAAGGCUGUGGAUCCUGGGCUGGUCUUCAAUGCAUCCGCCUGGGAUUACAUGGAUUUCCUCUGCAAGCAAGGCUACAACACGACAACACUAAGACUUAUCAGCGGUGACCGGAGUGCUUGUCGCAGAACCAAACCCGGCAGGGGAUGGGAUCUCAACUAUCCUUCCUUCUCCCUACCCAUUGAAGACGGGAACAAGAUCAACGGCAUUUUCAGAAGAACAGUAACAAACGUUGGCUCCCCAAACUCAACCUACUACGCCACCGUCGAUGUACCGGAGUCCCUCAACGUGACGGUGAAACCAUCCGUUCUUCCAUUCUCAGCUGUAGGAGAAAAGAAAAGGUUCGUUGUGGAGGUUAGUGGAGCAGAAGUAAGUCAGGUGCCAAUUAUAUCAGGUUCUAUUACUUGGAAUGAUGGUGUUCAUGCGGUGAGAACCCCACUUGUCGUUUACACCGUCCUCCCAUCGGCAUUCAAUUUCUCCAGUCCAACAACCAAAUCAGCGGCAACAGCUGCUUCUGUACAUCCCAAAAACGGCAUUUUUUGGGGAUACUGAGAUUGGAGCCUAUAUCCAUAGUGGAAAUAAGAUUGAUAUAUAUAUAUAUAUAUGCAAAACACGAUUUUCAAAAUUAAACUUUAAUUUUCUGUUUUUGUUGUUGCUUCAAAGUUGUGACGAGAUUCAUAUAUAUAUAUAUAUAACUUACAUGAGGUGAUCGACAUUUACUUUU